AUGGAUAUAGCAGAUAUUUAUGAGAAAAGAAUCAAGACAUAUGCGCAGGGUAUUCCUUAUGCAGAUAUUAAUGAUAAGUCUACCAAUUCUUCAUUGGAUUAUAGUCAAGUUAAUAAAGAGUCUAUGUUGAGUUAUAGUCUAGAUGAUGUAGUGUUUAUAUUGAGUUAUAAUCGAGUCAAUGUAGAAUCUAAGAUCAAACUAGAAUGA